GACAUCUUUAGAAUGGAGAAGAUGGACAUCCUUGAGACGGAUGCAGACAGGCAGCAGAGGAGAAACAUGGUAAUAUCUUAUUUUCAGAAGGAAGUCAGAAUCAUAUUGUAUUUGUGUCAUUCUUUUUCUCUCUUUCAGUCAUGUGCUGUGCUCCUGUCUUUCUCGCCGUUCUUUUUGGCCUCAGCCGCGUACUUCUACCUGUCCACUUUUGACUUGCCGCCGUCCAUCAUACUGGCAGGUGUCAAAUCAGCACCGACGCUCCUGCUGGCCGUGACAGUGCUGGGCUGGAACGGAUGUCAGAGUGUACCGGGAGUGGUGGGAGGACUGGUCUUCUCAGCCCUGGGCGACUUCUGCCUGGUGUGGCCCCAGUUCUUCCUCUACGGAAUGGCCGCCUUCGCCAUGGCUCAUCUGCUCUACUCGCUGACCUUUCUCUCAUCCCGUUAUGAGAAACACUCCUCUUCAUCAUGCAUGUACAACAUUUAUAAGGUCCUGCUGGCCAUCGGAUUAAGUUUUUUCAUGUACCUCUACCCAUUUCUGCAAAAGAAACCAAAUUCAAAAGUCUUAGUGCCAGCAGUGGGCGUCUACGUCGCCCUAAUCACCAUGAUGGGCAUAUUAGCCGUCAGAACGCGCCAUCUUAUCACACUGUUGGGGAGUCUGUUCUUCAUAGUGUCGGACAUGUGUUUGUCUCUGCGACAAUUCAUCAUACCGCCUGUUAAGCUCAGCGAAACAGUUGUCAUGUUGACAUAUUACUUAGCGCAGCUACUCAUUAGCGUGGGGGAUGUGAUGGCUGUAGAAAACAAGAAUGACUUUGCAAAAUGGAAGACGUCCUAAGCAGGAACCUUGCGGGGUCCCUAAGGUGUCGAGACCAACAUACUACUGAAUGACAGCUUGAAAAAAAAGAAUUUUUGGGGUAUUUUUAAUACAUACUAUUUUUGGAAAAAAAAUGACUGAUCAGUUAUUUUGGAAUGGUUGUGUU